AAAUUUCGAUGAAUCUUUGAUACCAUUUCGUGAUCACAUAAUAUUUGGGCAAUAUUUAAAACAAAGGUGCCACAAAUAUGGUAUUCAAUUAAUAAAUAAAUUAAUUAAUUAAGUCGUGCUGUGGAUCUGGGUACAUGUAUGCUUUUCGCGUAUAUGCAGGGAAACGAUUAGAAAAAGAAAAUACGACUAAUGUUAUAAUGUCUUUUUGUAGAGAUAUAUUCAAUAAGGAACACAAAAGGACACACACGUUGUGUUGGAUUCCGGAUGGUGGAAAUUAGACAACACGCGUUGAAAAGUUAGAAGUUUUAUUUGUAACGAGUAACUGCACGAUAGUACCGACUGCAGAAUAUUUAUUUUAACAUUAUAUAUAUUAUAUCAUAACAUUCUGUGAUACCUGCAAAGAGCAAUCAUUUUUCUGUACAUCGUGUUUUAAUAAUAUUCAUAAUUUCAAAAUUUCUUAUUUAUAAUUCCACUUCUUUUUUUCUUUUGUACGUAUCGAAUUUAUCAGCGAUUAUGUUUACGUAAUGCAUAUGAUAAAAGAGAUGUAAUAUCUGACGGAAUCCAUAUUGUCCUACUGAUAUUCAGGGAAACGUUGCAUAAAACUAUUUCAUUAGAAACAACCUAACCCAUUGUUAAAAAAAAUUGAAAAUUCAGACGAUCUUCACAUAAGCGAUGGAGAUUGUGAUAACAGAAGUGGAAGUGAAAGAUGUAAGGUUCCCAACAUCGUUAUUAGCUGACGGAAGUGAUGCUAUGCACACUGAUCCUGAUUAUUCUUGCGCGUACGUUGUGAUCAAGACUAACAAAGGAAUCGAAGGAUAUGGAUUAACAUUUACUUUGGGUAGAGGCACAGAAAUUGUCGUACAAGCUUGCAAAUCAAUGUCGUAUUUAGUGAAAGGACAAAAUGUCAAUGAAAUUUUUACACACUUUGGAUCUUUUUGGAGAAAACUAACGAGCGAAUCGCAAUUAAGAUGGAUCGGACCAGAAAAAGGCGUUAUUCACCUCGCUACGGCUGCUAUAAUAAAUGCAUUGUGGGAUCUGUGGGCUAGAAUAGAAAAUAAACCUGUUUGGAAAUUACUUACGGAUUUGUCCCCUGAACAAUUAGUCUCUACGAUUGAUUUCAGAUACAUUACCGAUGUUAUUACGAAAGAAGAAGCAGUGAAAUUACUGAAAGAGAAUCAAAAAGGAAAAGAAGAACGCGAAGAAAUGCUACGAAAAAAUGGAUACCCGGCGUACACAACGCAAGUGGGAUGGCUUGGAUAUAACGAUGCUAAAGUUAAAGAGCUUUGUAAUAAAUUUUUAGCUCUUGGCUUUACAUCUUUCAAGGUAAAAGUUGGUCAAAAUAUAACAGACGACGUAAGAAGAUGCCGAUUGGUACGCGACGCGAUAGGACACGAAAAUAAAUUGAUGCUAGAUGCUAAUCAAAUAUGGGAUAUCAACGAGUCGAUCGAGUGGAUGAAACAAUUGGUAAAAUUCAAACCAAUUUGGAUUGAAGAACCAACGUCUCCUGAUGAUAUAUUAGGGCAUGCGAAAAUCGCAAACGAAUUAAGACCGUAUGGCAUCGGUGUCGCCACCGGUGAAAUGUGCGCUAAUCGCGUGAUGUUUAAGCAAUUAUUACAAGCGAGAGCGAUCGAUUAUUGUCAAAUUGAUUCGGCUAGAAUAGGAGGAAUCAAUGAAAUAUUAGCUGUUUAUUUGAUGGCAAAAAAGAUGGGUGUUCCAGUGUGUCCACAUGCUGGAGGUGUAGGUUUAUGCGAAAUGGUUCAGCAUCUCCAGAUGUGGGAUUUUAUAUGCUUGAGUGCAUCUACCGAAAACCGUGUGAUAGAAUACGUCGAUCAACAACACGAGCACUUUGAACAUCCUGUAUGUGUUCAAAAUGCUUCGUAUAUGCCACCCAUGAGUCCAGGCUAUUCAACCAAACUUAAUGAAGAAUGUAUUAAGAACUAUUCAUAUCCAAAUGGGGCAAAAUGGAAGGACAUGUACGAACAGGGGCUUUUCUACAAAUCAUUGAAUUAGAAUAAAUACAAAAAUUGAUGUCAACUUAAAUGUGUAUAGUAAGCUAUAUUUUAAUAUAAAUGAAUUGAAAUGGGCAUCAGCACUUUAAAUACUUAAUAAAAUAAACUGAUUUAUUAUUCUUA